CUCUUUUCUUUUUUUCAACUCCUGGAGAAAGCACCGCAGACGUCGCACACCUUCACGCCACAUACUACCCAUACUACAAUAUUCCGCUCAAUGAAAUCCACGUUCUACCAGAAUCGCAAUCCACCGCACCAAAAAAAACAUCGCACCAAAGGAAAACGCACCAGAAAACGCACGUUCAUGCUGAUACCGAACAGCAACACCAGAUCGUCCUGCACGUGCGGUUCUUCCCACUCACAAUUGAUCGUAAGCUUUGUGAAGAACCUGGUUCUCUUGCUCUUCGAGACUACUCUUCUCAUCGAGGGCGUGCGAGUACUCGCAAGCCACACCAGAAAUCCACGUGAUCGUGAAACGCACCAGAAUCACCGCACUAGCUUUCCAGCAAUUUCAGCCUUUCAAAAUUCAGUACAGGAUCUCUAAAUCGCCGAUAGCCAAGCACGAUCGUCUUCCACACCUGGAGAAAUCACAGCACCACCGGAGCACACCACACGGCGCACAGAAAAAAAAAAAAAUAAUAAAACGUGAUACCCACAGACCGGUGAGACUACACGUCUCACAGAAGUCACCGUAACGAAAUCAGAUCCGAAGACUGCAAAGAUUCUGGGCUUCAAAAAAACAAUCCCAAGUAAAGAUUUCCCAGAUGCGAUCCACGAGAUCCCCAAACUUUCUCUGAUACCAUUUAUUGGGUGGUUUUGGGUCUUUUUCAACUUCAAAAGCUACCUCACGAGGUGAGGUUUUUCCUUACAUUUAUAAACUGACCACCUAGCCCAUUCUACAACCGAUGUGAAAUAAUUCUAACAAUCUCCCUCUCAUACAUCGGGCUUUGGGUCGGAGCAGAGACAACUCGUUUCUUCUGCGGAAUGUUGCGCCAGAGACUUGUUGCUAUCACGGAUCAUUUAUUUGUUCUCAAGUAACAUGCAUGAUGCGUCAUUGUCGCUCAGCAUUCAUACUACUUGUGCUAGGUUGAUGUUUAAUCUGUUGGAGCCAAUAUUUAAGAAAGGUGUUGACCAACCAUCUAUGGAUGAAGCACGGAUUCUGUUGGGUCACAUUUUAGAUGCUUUUGUUGGAAAAUUUAGUACUUUUAAGCGUACUAUUCCACAGCUGUUGGAGGAAGGUGAGGAGGGAAAAGAUCAUGCAACCUUGAGAUCAAAACUUGAACUCCCUGUGCAGGCAGUUUUGAGUGUGCAGGCCCCUGUGGAACAUUCCAAGGAAGUGAAUGAUUGUAAGAAUCUGAUAAAGACGUUGGUCAUGGGAAUGAAGACUAUCAUAUGGAGCAUCACUCAUGCACAUUUGCCCCGAUCACAGGUGAUUGAUUCACCACCAUCAAAUUUACCUGUACCUCAAGCAUUUAAAGGGUUGAGAGAAGAUGAGGUAUGGAAAGCUUCCAGUGUUUUAAAGAGUGGUGUGCAUUGCUUAGCGCUUUUCAAAGAGGAGGAGGAGGAAAGGGAAAUGCUUCAUCUCUUCUCUCGGAUUUUGGCUAUCAUGGAACCUCGAGAUCUUAUGGACAUGUUCUCGUUGUGUAUGCCAGAGCUUUUUGAGUGCAUGAUUUGCAACACUCAACUCGUCCAUAUGUUUUCUACCCUUCUACAAGCCCCUGGGGUAUAUCAGCCAUUUGCUGAUGUUUUGGUUAAUUUCCUUGUAAGCAGCAAAGUCGAUGUUUUGAAGCAUCCAGAUUCGCCUGCAGCAAAAUUGGUUUUGCAUCUAUUUCGAUUUAUAUUUGAUUCUGUUACUAAAGCACCUUCAGAUUUCGAACGUAUUUUGCAACCUCAUGUGCCUGUUAUAAUGGAAGUUUGCAUGAAAAAUGCUACUGAAGUUGAAAGGCCUCUUGGUUAUAUGCAACUUCUUCACAUAAUGUUUCGGGCGCUUGCAGGAUGCAAAUUUGAACUUCAAUUGCAAGACUUGAUUCCUACCUCACAACCCUGCCUAAAUAUGCUAUUGACUAUGCUUGAGGGCCCAACUGGAGAAGAUAUGAAGGACCUUUUGUUGGAGUUGUGCUUAACCUUGCCUGCACACUUAAGCUCGUUGUUACCAUACCUUCCUUGUCUUAUGAAGCCUCUUGUUUUGUGUCUUAGAGGAAGUGAUGAACUUGUAAGUUUAGGUUUAAGAACACUUGAAUUUUGGGUAGAUAGCUUAAAUCCUGACUUUCUAGAAGCUAGCAUGGCCAAUGUUAUGUCUGAGGUGAUUUUAGCCUCAUGGUCUCACUUGAGGCCUCCACCCUAUCCUUGGGGUGCAAAAGCAUUGCAGCUCCUCGGCAAGUUAGGUGGUCAUAACAGACACUUUCUCAAAGAGCCCCUUGCACUUGAGUGCAAGGAGAAUCCAGAGCAUGGUCUGCGCUUGAUUCUUACAUUUGAGCCUUCAACGCCAUUUUUGGUGCCAUUGGAUCGAUGCAUAAAUCUUGGUGUAGCAGCUGCAGUGCAUAAAAAUGGUGCCAUGGAUUCUUUCUACAGAAAGCAGGCUCUAAAAUUCCUUCGUAUUUGCUUAUCAUCUCAGCUUAAUUUGCCAGGAAACAUUACUUCUGAGGAAUAUACAGCCAAGCAAUUGUCGACUUUGUUAGUUUCUGUAGUUGAUACAUCUUGGCGGAGGUCUGAAGCAUCAGAUAUAAAGGCUGACUUGGGUGUAAAGACAAAGACCCAACUUUUGGCUGAGAAAUCUGUUUUCAAGAUUCUAUUAACGACCAUUAUUGCUGCCGAUGCAGAACCGGAUCUUCAUGAUCCUAAAGAUGAUUUUGUUUCCAAUGUUUGCCGCCAUUUUGCAAUGAUAUUUCACAUUGAUUCCUCCUCAUCAAAUGCUUCGAUUGCAACUGCUGCACUUGGGGGUUCUGUGCUUUCAUCAAAUGUUAGUGUUAGUUCCAGGUCAAAGACUGGUACUUGUUUGAACUUGAAAGAGUUGGACCCUCUGAUAUUUUUAGAUGCUUUAGUUGAUGUGUUAGCAGAUGAAAACAGGCUCCAUGCCAAAGCUGCUCUUAAUGCUUUGGAUGUCUUUUCUGAAACACUUCUGUUCCUUGCUCGCUCAAAACAUGCUGAUCUGCUGAUGUCAGGAGGCCCGGGGACACCAAUGAUUGUCUCUAGUCCCUCUAUGAAUCCUGUUUAUUCACCACCCCCAAGUGUUCGAAUUCCUGUCUUUGAGCAGCUUUUACCUCGCCUUUUGCAUUGUUGCUACGGAAGUACAUGGCAAGCACAAAUGGGAGGUGUUAUGGGACUUGGUGCUUUGGUUGGAAAGGUUACUGUUGAGAUUUUAUGCCUUUUCCAAGUAAGAAUUGUGCGCGGGCUGGUACAUGUUCUUAAAAGGCUUCCUAUUUAUGCUAGUAAAGAGCAGGAAGAGACAAGUCAAGUGCUUACGCAGGUUCUUCCUGUAUUGAAUAACGUUGAUGAAGCAAACAGUGAACCGCACAAGCAAAGUUUUCAAGGAGUGGUUGAAUUUCUUGCUUCAGAGUUGUUCAACCCCAAUGCAUCUGUUAUUGUGCGAAAGAAUGUGCAGUCAUGUUUGUCACUUUUGGCUAAUAGGACUGGUAGUGAGGUAUCUGAAUUACUUAGACCUUUAUAUCAACCUUUGCUUCAGCCGCUUAUAAUGCGGCCUCUACGAUCAAGAACUCUUGAACAACAGGUUGGGACGGUUGCAGCUUUGAAUUUCUGCCUGGCCUUGAGGCCACCUCUUCUCAAGUUGACUCCAGAAUUAGUUAAUUUUCUGCAAGAAGCAUUGUCAAUAGCUGAGGCUCAUGAAACUGCCUCGGUUGUGAAGUUCAUGAAUCCAAAAGUGGCCACAUCAUUAAAUAAACUCCGAAUAGCUUGCAUUGAGCUAUUGUGUACGACAAUGGCAUGGGCAGAUUUUAAAACUCGAAAUCAUUCUAAACUUCAUACAAAGAUUAUUAACAUGUUUUUCAAGUCAUUCACAUGUCGGACGCCAGAAAUUGCUGCUGCUGCGAAGGAGGGCUUGCGACAGGUUUUGUUGAGCUUCUAUCAUAUUGGUUGAUUUAUUUGUUCUUUU